GCAGGUCAUAGACCACAAGCACAUGGCUACAAGGAGGAACCUUCCUUACAUUGCUAAAGAUCUUCAGUUUGGAGACUGUGGUUACGAGAAGUGGGAGAAUGGUCUUCAAGCUGGACUUGUUAGCUCCAUAAUUGCUGUGGGAAACACGGAAAUGGACAGCAUCCGAGCUCUUUCUAAUGGUCCGCUGGCGACUAGUGUCCACUCGACAAACAACUUCUUCUACUACAAGUCUGGAGUGCUGAGAGACACGAGCUGUAGUCCCAUUGCUCUCAAUCACGCCAUCGCUGCUGUGGCUUACUCUGACGACUAUUUUCUGGUUAAAAACAGUUGGGGAGAUGACUGGGGAUUGGAAGGGUUUAUCAAACUGGCCCGAGGUCACCACAACUGCGGAACCUGGAUACACCCCUACCAAGCAGUGAUAACUAAGACUGGAUCGGAGGAUGGGGACCCAGAGGAUGCGGCAGCUACUGUAGAUCCUGAUGAGGAGAUCACCACUCAACCCCCUACUGAGGAACCAUGUGAGGACCAAAUGAAGAACUGUAGAGUAUCUUCCUGUACAACAUGGGUCUGGAAGGCAAUGUGCAAGAAAACUUGUGGUGAAUGUUAAAUAAAAUCAAAUCUAUUAUAUCUUUACUAAUGUUACGAAUCACGAAAA